UUUUUUAUUCCUUGCGUUUGCGUCCUUACUGUUUGCGACGCUAGGAAAGUGUCUCUGGUGACAGUGGUGACACGCGGGAUCGCCGCGAGUGUGCCAGCACUGGCGCCGUCCAUGAUCCAUUCGUGUCCGCCGGCGUGUAAUCGGGCGUGAGACACGACGAUUAUGAUCGUUGUGGCGGACGGGAUCUGCAUCACGUUGACGGAUGUGUAUCGCGAGUGUUUGAAGUCGCCGGUCCGCCUGUCCACCUCGUCGUUUUGCUCCCUCGCCCGGCGAUUAUUGCGCGCGAGAGAGCGCGGGCAGGAGGGGCCAGGGAGAGGACGGGCGUGAGAUUGCGCGCGAGGAUGAGCCUCAGCCUGACGAAGUUGUUCUCGAAGAAGAAGAGCGGCGGCGGCGCGACCCACGCGGUCGACCACACCGCCGCCGUCGCCACGGAGAUCGGCCUGCCGACCAACGUCUCGCACAAGUUCCACGUGAGCAAGAAUGCGGAGACCGGACAGCUGGAGGGCCUGCCGGACCCGUGGAUACGGCUGCUCAACACCCAGAUCUCCAAGUCGGAGCAGGACGAGCACCCGGACGCCGCGCUCCAGGCGAUCAAGUUCUACAACUACUCGAUCAAGCGCAAGCCGCAGGCGGAUCAGGAAGUCUUCAAGCCGUUCGUCACGCAGGACUUGAUCGAGGAGGAGUCGCAGGCGAUCGACAACAUCCUGACGGGCAAGUAUCGCUCGGACGACAGUUCCGAUGACGAUCGCUUGACGAUCGUCGCGACCACCGAGGACGGUUCGACGGACGAGCGGACGAACGCGUUGCCCGAGCUGCCACCGAAGGUCAACAAGCCGCCGAAGCCGCCGAAGCCACCGAAACCACCGAAACCACCGAAACCGGCGCCACGCAAGUGCAACAGCAGGGUGGAGAAGAGCCUCACCGAAAUCCUCGAGGAUCUCAACACGUUUCAGUUCAGCGACGACGAGGACGAACCGCCACGGAAGGAGCAGGGGGAGGAGGAGGUGGAGGAGAACAAUGUUUUGCCGAGCAGAACGGAGGAAAGUCCAGUCCUACGAAGGAAGACCGAGUGUAUGGGCGUGAGACUCAGCGAGGAGCAGGUGUACGAGGAGCUCCGGGCAAUCUGCCAACGCGGGGAUCCCAAUUUGCGCUUCGAGAAGACCAAGGAGGUGGGCGCUGGUGCGUCCGGGACUGUGUUCAUAGCGACCGACCGUCAGUACGGUCGGAAGGUAGCCGUGAAGGACAUAGAUUUGUCGAAGCAGCCGAAGAAGGAGCUGAUACUAACCGAGAUCAAGAUCCUCAAGGAGUUUCAGCACCCGAACCUGGUCAACUUUCUCGACGGCUACCUGGUGGACGAGCAUCUCUGGGUGGUGAUGGAGCUGCUGGAGGGCGGGCCGCUCACGGAUGUGGUCACCGAGACGGUGAUGAAGGAGGCGCAGAUCGCGGCUGUCUGCCGCGAGGUCCUGAAGGCGAUAAGCUUCCUGCACACCAGGGGGAUCAUUCAUCGGGACAUCAAGUCGGACAAUGUGCUGCUGGGCAUGAACGGUGCGGUGAAGGUUACGGAUUUUGGUUUUUGCGCGAACAUCGACGGUGACGAGAAACGACAGACUAUGGUUGGCACGCCGUACUGGAUGGCGCCGGAGGUGGUGACGAGGAAGCAGUACGGCAAGAAGGUGGACAUCUGGUCGCUAGGUAUAAUGGCCAUCGAGAUGAUCGAGGGGGAGCCGCCUUACAUGAAGGAGACCCCGCUGAGAGCGUUGUACCUGAUCGCUGCCAUCGGUAGACCCUCCAUUCCGAGGUGGGACAGCCUCAGUCCGACGUUUCAGAAUUUCCUGGAGAGAUGCCUCGCCGUGGAGGUCGACGAGAGAGCAACCGCCGACGAGCUGCUCUCUCAUCCGUUCCUAGGAAACUGCGCGGAACUGUCCACCCUCACGCCGCUGAUCCGCGCGGCACAGAGAAUUCUCCAAAAAGCGUUUCGUUAAUUAUUACUAGAGAAUUUUAUACUAUAACACUCAUUCAUGAUACGCCGUUUCACGAUACCUCAUUGCUGCUCGUACAUUGGGCUAAAGAAUGAAAAAAAAGACGUGUUUUAAUCGAAAGCCUCAAAAGAAUUUUAUAAUUGCUGCAUUUUUAUUUUAAAUCUGUUUGUCCUUCGUUUUUAUUCCACAGUGUUGGUUUAUUAAAUAUGAAGCCAAAGUGUAAGCCAAAUAAAAACACACUCGAUUAGUUUUUAUAUUUCUUUUAGAUAACUUCAUUGUUCAAAAAUUAUCAAAGUAGUUAUUUUUUUAUAUACUACUUGAUAUCAUUAUUAUUAUUAUAAGAUGGGGUAUCGUGAAAAAUUAUUUAUGAAAACAUUUAGGCAACUUUUUGUCAAGCAAGCCACUUUGUCAUAUGUGCAAUAUGAUUUACGUUGAAAUUAGAGUUUUACUCAGGUAUUUCCGCUCAAUGAUACUAUAUUGAUAUGUGCAUUUUGUCAAUCAAGUUCAGUAUUUAUCAGCUAAUAUUUUAAUUAUAGAUAAUUGGACAAAAUGCAUUUUGAUAUGCUAUUUUAAAGGACGAAUGAAAUAUAUACACUAUUUCGAAAUAUUGUUUAAUAUCAUCAUUUUAAAAAAACGAUCAUAAUACGGAAUUUCGUGAAUAUUUAUCUUAAAAACUGUACUUAGAUCAUCGUACAGAAUGAUCAAGAUAAAAAAAAACGAUAAUAAAAUCGAUUAUCUCUGAUAACAAUUAAUAAAAGUUCAUUAAAUUUGAAGCUUUUAACUCUUUGCAAGAAAAAUAAACUGAAUAAGACUAAAACAUACGUUUGACAAUAUACAUUAUAAAAUUAAUUGACUGUAGUUAUUUGAAUUUAUAAUUUUUAUAAUUUAUAAAGUUGUCUAAUUUUAUAAAUAACUUUAUAUGUAACUUUUAACUUAUAAAUUGUUUAAAUUUAUAAGAAAAGUUAUACAUUGAAAAGUUAUUUUUUUAGUCAUAUAUACUUUAUUAUAUAGUAUUAUAAAAAAAAAGAUAUUACAAUAAAAUGAUUGUGCGUGAAAUUAGCAUUGCUUGAUAAAGCAAAGUGUUGAAAAUUAGCCGUUAUAAAUUAUGUAACAAUAACCACCGCAAUGCAUUUUACACAAACGCCGUACAUACAGUUUUGUAAGAUUUUUAUUCCUACUUUUAUAUAAAAUGUACCUUUUUGAAAAAUUUUUAUAUUUAAGAGCAUGAUAUUGCUCAAGCAAAAAUAAUAUUCAUAUAGAUAUAUUUUUAACCAAUAUCUGUAUAUAAAUUCAGUAGUGUUUAUAAUACAAGCGUAAGUGUAUAGUACGAUUAGAUUACUGUGAAUAUCUAAAUAUUUAAGAUUAUUUGAGCAUUAAUAUCAAGUGUAUGUAAAAUCACGACUGUGAUAAAAGAAAGUUAAGUUAUAUUAAUAUUUCUAUAGAGCAUAAUUUUUUUGUUUUACCAUAUACAUUAUAUUAUAUAAAAUUAUUAUAUAUUGAAAAAAUCAAAUUGCGACAAUAGUUCAAACUAUAUAAUUAUUAUAUUUUAUAAUAUAUAAACGGGACAAGAAUUAUCUUUCAUACUAAACAUGUGUUGAUAAGCAAAUAUAUUUGAACAGUAUUUUAAUCGUUUGCAUGAUUUGAGAUAAAAAAUACACUAUUAUAUGCAUUCUACUAGUUUUGAUAAGAUAUAUUCGAAAUUUUCGAAGAUCAUUAAAACUAGAAUAAAAUACGAGAUAUGUAUAUUGUACAAUAUUCUAAUAUUUGUGCCUUAUUAAAUACAUAUGCUUACAAUUAACAUUAUCAAGCAAUAAUAAUGUAUGAAGUGACUAUAGUGAAAAUCGACUAUUUGCAUUUGUACAGAACAUCAAUUUAUGCUUUCUAAAAAAGUAUUAUGAAAUCCUGUAAUGUGACUUCAAGAAUUGCGUGUAAUGUAAUAUAUUAUUUUUAUGUAUAUUGGAUAAAGGAGAAAAAAAUGAACACUUAUCCAUAAGACACAUAUUUUAGACACUAAAUAUUUUAUUGAGAGG